AUGCCGUCACGAGAAAGCCGCAGGCGACCAGGCAGAGCCUACCCACGAGUGGGCACAUCCGGGGCUGGGGGCUCCAGACGACGGCAGCAGCAGCAGCAGCAGCAGCAGCCGCAUGGGCCGCGCCCGUUCCGCAGAGAGUACGAGCCGGCCGCGAUGCCCGGAGAAGAAACAGGCGCCGUGCCAGCAGAAGGCCGCGGCAGAAACAACAGCCCGGAGCACUUCAAGAUCAUGGACGACGUGGAGAACCCAAAGGGGAAGAGGUACACGUCGUCGAACCUAUCGCGCGCGGUCGUUUCCAACGCCCGGAAGCCCAUCGCCGAGCGGCUCAAUGCGAACAUGCUGGCCGCACUGCAGCGCGCGGGCGGCGAGAUGGUGGUCGAUGACGAGACCAAGGCGGCGGGGUUGAUGGCGGUCUUCUUCUCGAUCCUCGACAGGGCCUACUUCUUUGAUCUCGUGGGACAGAGUAUCACGCCGAGGCCGGUCAUCUUCAGAGAUAAGGACGGCAAGCCAGGGUUCUAUGACCGGGAAUCUCGGACGAUAAAUAUCAAUAUGGCAUAUGUACGUAACGGGGCGGCAACUCGCGCCCACGCCCAGAUCUCCACCUUGCUGGUAGAGAUGUCGCAUGCAUUUUUUCGAUGCUACAGCUGCGAGUGCAUCGAGGUCUGCAAGAAGAAAGCUAGCGCAAAUAGAGGUGGUUUGGGCGCUGGGAAUGGACCACCUUGGAUCAAGGCGAUGGUGGCCAUUCAAAAAGACCUUGCAAGUGCAGUCACUUGGCCACAUAAUUUGGAGGUCGAGAGGGCCGUGAGUAAGGAGAUGAAGACUGGUUGGAAGCCUUCGCGUGACGAGUUGAGGGCUUGGGGUUUAGAUAGUGGUGGGUCGAGAGAAGAAAGGGGUGGAAGUCGCAGCGGGAGGGGAAGGAGGAGAAAGUCGAGGUGCACUUUGCAAUGA